UGUCCGCCAUUCGCCCUGGGCAAACUACGUAAACUUCAUCUAGCCUUCACACAGUCUUCGUCUAGUCUUCGUCUACUUGACUAUUGUAAGCUGUAACUACCUAGACCUAAUCUGAGACACCCACCAUAAUCAAGAUGGCCGCAACGAAACCUCAAUCCGAAUAUUGGAAGCCUGCCGCGAGGGCCACCUCGCUGCUCGCCAGGCCGGUCGCUUCGGCGAGCGAUUACAAGCUGCGGAUGUAUUCGGGCUGGACGGUGACGGACGGUACUUUUCAACCCGUAACCGAAGACAGGAGGUCGAAUAGGAACGUGCCGUACCCGAGCUACAUCGACCAGGCUUACCGGGCUACGUACGGGCUCAGCAGCCUUCAGCUUGCCGGCGACGCCCCGAUCUCCCUGUGCGCUAUGGACGUCGCGACAGAUCACCUGUGGAAGUGCGCUCCCGAUUUCGUCAAGGGCGAAGUCAACGUGUAUCCUCCGAACGGGCCGGCUCUGUGGUCCCAAAACGAGAGCCACCAGGAGGCGAUAUUCCGGCAGACGGAGCAACAGACGAAGCAGAGAGGCGAGGACGUAUACAGCGAGUUCAAGUCGAAGCCGUGGGGUCUGUGGCCUCUCUGGGUCGAGGACGAGUGGGGUUUCGACUAUGUCCUGCUAGUCUGGUACGCCGACGCCUCGACGGACUAUCCUGAUUACUUCGACAACGCCUUGAUCGCUACGAUAUAUGAUCCGCGCCGCGAGGCUCAAGCAGAUGGCCAGGGAGCGCAUUUCCUGAUAUCGGGGCGCGCGGCGAGGCUAGAGCGGCAGGUAAAGAAUUUCUUCGAUCGCGCGGGCUUCAAGACGGAUAGGUUGGUAUUCGUGGACGGACGGUCCGCCCCCAUGCCGCUGGGCGAAGCAACGAGCGGGGAGCGGUGCUUCGCGGCCACCAAGGAGGUGCUGUCUUGCAUACUAAACUACUACCUGGACGCGGCGACGGGGAUCGAGAUGGACCUUUCGAACGGGCGGCUCUGGAGCCUCUCGCAGUGGGUUAACCCGUACGAGUACCGGAUAGAGAUGGCGGGCAUCAACGCGUGGGUGCUGAUGGCGACGUUUGAUUACAACGCGCGCAUUACCGUGGAGUGUAUCGAGCCCGAGUUCAAGACGGACGUGGUAGCUGACGGUAGACGUCUCACUCUUCAACCUUUCCACCUUGCUGGGCCUCACGCGGCGCCGGAGGUGGCUGCGGAUGACUAUCUCCUCCAUUCGGGACAAUCUAAGGCGGAUAAGAUCUAAGGAUGGGAUCUACGGCGACAGGACAGCUUCUCCUGAGAGCAACGGUGGGACUGGAAGCGAACGGGUAAAGUUCAUAAGCAGUGUAUAUAUAGGGAGGCGGUGACGAUGAAUUUGAAUUAGCACAUUUCGUAAUAUAUCUAGAGUAUCGGUCAAUUUAUUAUCUACCUAACCUAACCUAACUUUUUUUUUCUUAUUUUCUUGCUUGAUAUGAGGUUGUCUCUUAGUUUAUUGAUGUUGACCUGGCGCAUCGUGAUAGUUGCAAGUCCCUAACCUGACCUAAAAGAACGACCUCAGGACCUCGGGAAUAAGCUAAGGUUGUAGCGUGUAUACCUGUAACUUACAGUGCUUCACAGACCAACUCCUAGGAUAAGAAUUUCCAAUGACGUAUCAAAAGGCAGUGUUGAAUGGCUUGUGCUUAAAGCAAUGACAAAAACUGGCCAUUCAAGCUACUUCCCGAACAGACCUGAGCGAAAAAUUAAAGCGCAGCACC